AAAAGCACAAAAUUACCUAAUGGCCAGAACAGAGCCCUUCAGCCUGUAUUUGCCACACAUACUCCGUACUCCUACUGUUACAUGGUAAGACGGUGCACGUGACCCCAGGUUAGAUGUUUACAUUCUAUCCCCAAAAAGUAUAUGAGCGCCGCACCCGCCGCACGAAUCAUUCACUUGUUUAUAGUUCAACUCAUACUAACACUUCUAAGACUACUAGCGUAACCAAUCGUCCACUUGGUACAGUUUCCGUCCAGUUGAUGCACACAAAAGUUACAGGUUGAAUAGAAGCUCUCCUUAUCCCAAAUUAUCAUAAUGGCCAUCGAUGGCGCUACCACCAACCCAAUGCGAUGGAGUACAGAUGCACUAAGUUCAAACGAGCCAAUGAUGAAGGAUCCCGAGAUCAUGGAUACCCUGGAUAUCGAAUCUAACAUAGCGGGCCAAAUUGGUACCAGCAAAGAAGUAGAUCUCGAAAGAACGGUGCAUAAGGAUGCGGUCCCACAAGAUGCAGAAAUGAAAGAUCCACCCAUGGUAAAUGGCCAGAAUAGCGUCUCGGGACCGGGUGAUGUUUCCAUGGCCCAGUUCGACAUGAUAUCCUCGAAUAUCAGCGAUACGAUCUGCAAAAUGACAGAAAUAUACAACCAGGUAGGGUUCUCGGAGUCCGAGAUAUCGGUCAAAAAAUCAGAAAUCUUCAUAGUCAUCUCGGAAACAAUUGCCAACUUCACCUCCAAGCUUCAGAGGGAAAAAUGCACGAUCGAGAACGAAUGUGAGUGGCUCAGACAGCAUAUAAAGAUUAUCUUGGCGAUGAUAAAUGACAGUAAUGGGGAAUUGACCCUUUCGAGCCUUGACCGUGGUGUGGUCUUUGUCAAUCAGCAAUUGUAUGAAGAAGGGUACACGCACCAGCUUCGUGAAAAGCAAGCCAACAGAAGCAACACAUUUUACAACACGUCGCCAUUCAAUAUUGAAUCUUCAUCGUCCGACGGGGAACAGGAAGAAUAUCAAGACCCGAACAGAAAGAUCCCCAAAUUGUCAUUGCUCCAAAUUAAAUCAAAAUUGAAUUGCAUCUUUCUUGAGGUGCUAAGAGCCUUUGUUGUGCCUUUCAAAAGAUUGGUUCUAUCCGCAUCAACCUACAAAGAACAACUAGACAUAAUAGGAGAAAUGUAUUCGUCCAAUCCGAAUUUAGCAUUGAUCAAAGACUUGCCUGAUAGGGAAGAACUCGAACUUUACUCCAAUCUUAUAGACAAUUUUGAAAUAACCUUAAAAUCAUUAAAGUUAGAAAAAGGUGUGGACCAAUUUAUGCAUGUUAACGGAGGACGUGAUCACACCUUUAUUAUAUCAAGUCCCAGAAAAUUAAGGAACAAUCAUACAGAAGAGAUCAAUCCUGCAACACACGAAACCCCAACUCGCAUUCAAAGCCAACAAGAUGAUCCUCUAAUUGUCUUGAAAGAUAUCAAUUACCAACUCAUCAGGGCCAUACGAAGUUUGAAGUACACCAAAAUUACAGACGAUAUAAUUCACAGUAUAAGAUGUGAAAUCGACUUCUGCAACAAGGAGAUUUCUAAACGCAGUGAACAGGUCAUCAAAAUCAUUGAAAGCUGCCUCAGUAACAUAAAAUUAUUGUGCCUUACAAACGACCAAAUAAUAGAGAUUCAAAAACAAUACGACAUUUCGACUACCUCUGAAUCGAUUUCGAAUGAGGGAUACUUUGACAUAGAUACAUUAACUUUCAUCAAACAAGACCCAAAGAAUUUUGGGCUCAAAGAAGAGCAUAUUAACUACUUGAAUCGAUUUUGCAACAUCCUCAACAGAAAGAAAGACAACAAACAAAAGAAAUAUGACACGUAUGUUAAGUCUUGUACUGAAUUGUGGAAGAAAUUUGACGAGAAGACAGAAUAUGUUGAGCAAUUCUUGGCUGCAAAUAAUUCAUUGAGCGAUGUAUCAAUUUUGAAUUUUAAAAUUGAGUUGAAUCAGUUAAUCAUAAAAAGAUCCAAAUAUAUCGAAAAGUUUAUUUAUGACAGCAGAAAGGAAAUUGAAACUUAUUGGGAUAAUAUGUUCUAUACCACUGAAGAAAGGAAAGCAUUUAAGUUCUACGAAAAUAGUUACAAGGACCAGGAUCAAGUGGAUAUUGAUAUUAAUCAGAGUGGCAUAAACGAUGAUAAGGAACUAAUCUUGCUUGAGCAUGAGCAAGAACUCGAAAAGCUAAAGUUGGAGUAUUCGGAGAAGGAAAAGAUUCUUCAAUUGAAUAAUCAGCUACAGGCUCUUCUCAAAGACCAAGAGUUUUUGAGAGAAUCAUCUAAAGACUCGUCGAGGCUUCUAAGCAAGAAUUCGUGUAAGAUUUUGCUCAACGAAGAAAAGCUUAGGAAAAAAAUCCACAAGCAAUUACCAAGAGUGAUUGACUCCUUGAAAAAUGAAAUCAGGGUAUACAACCUCGAAAGGAACACAUUAUUGAAAAUCAAUGGAACAGAUUUCUAUCAAAGAGUUUCAAGCAUCGAAACUGAAGUGCUGAGUAAAUCUAGAAGCGCCAGAGCAAAACCUGGGCUUGUGGCUCAAUCAUCCCCCACAAAACUCGGUAACAGAGUAAACAAAGCUUCUCCCGUUAAAGUAACGAAAUCACCAUUUACAUCAAGCAUUCAGAGAAGUGCACCAAUUGGAACACAAAGGUCCUCACAAAUAUCCCCACAGCCCGCUAAGCAAAGACCCUUUUUGAGCAGAUCGAACAACAAAAUAAACCCAACCGCGAUUAAAUUGACGAACGUCUUUUCUGGCUCCAUAGCAAGCAACUCCACAGUGACCAGUCUAGAAAGCCCAAUCAGAUUCAAUUCGGCUAGUACGCGUGAUAGAAUGAUGACCCACUUGCAGCCGUUGAAUAACCCUCUAGUGCCACAAGAAUUCAAGAGCACUCACAUUUACGAUGAUAAUGAUACUUUAAAAAUCAGCACUUUUAACAGGUCCAAAGUUUCUCCAUUGGGGGUAAAUAACCCGAACAGAAUGAAUUCAGCGAGAUCGCCAGGAAUAGGAAACCAAUCAUCUCCCAAGCAUGGCUACGAAAAAGAAAACUUUAGCUUCGAUGUGUCGUCAGCGAAAAUUCAAGAAAAGUCCAACCAAAUAAGCUCAUCUAGAAGAUUGAGCAUUGGAACUUGUGACAGCUCAACUUUGAUUGGAGAUGACUACCAAACCUGGCGCGAUGAACAAAUAAAACAAUUUAAUGUUUAAUAGGAAAGUUCUUUAGUUCUCUAUGUAUUAAUGCAAAAUUUUGGCCACGA